GCUAAGAAAAAGUGCGGUGAGGAUUUGUAUGGAAUUGCUACGAUCUCGUUGGAGAUGGACAUACCUUGGCAGCUGCAGGUGCUCUUUCAGAUGCUUCUAUCGUGGACAUUGGUGGCCAACGGGCAUCUUGAGUUCCCAUUCCUCUCCCUGAGCACUGGCCACACCUCCUCACCACACAACGAGCCCUCCGACGCAGGCAAGUUCGUGAUCCUACCGAAGGUGGUAGGCGGCUACUCGAUAACGAUCGCACAGGUCCCGUUCCAGGUGUCGGUGCGUCGGCGGUCCAUGCACGAAAGGACCUACGGACUGGGCCUCAUCUGUGGUGGGGCCUUGAUCUCGCAGCGGGUGGUCUGCUCGGCGGCCCACUGCUUUGCCGUAAACAACUCGUACAAUCCGGUGAGGUUUUACGGGCCGAAGCUGUUCGUGGUAGUGGCGGGCAGCACACAAAUCGACCAAGCCGACAGGAACACCAAGGAGUACCUGGUGCAACAGAUCAUCGGUCACAGCGACUACAAUGCCACCACGCUGGAGAACGACAUCGCCCUGAUCUUCCUGAACGGCUACGUAUCGUGGUCGUCGAAGACCGUACGAGCCAUUCCGCUGGCCACCAAGGCGCAGCGCGAGGGCACCACCUGCCUGAUCAACGGCUGGGCUGCGAAAAUCUCUCCGAAGGUGGGCAAAUCGGGGUCGCUGCAGCAGGCGCCGGUACCCAUCCUGAACCCGAGCCUAUGCAGGGCCAUCUACUUGCUGCCGAUGUCCCAGCUGUGCGCCGGCUUCAUGCAGGGCGGCAUCGACGCCUGUCAAGGUGACUCCGGCGGCCCCCUUAUAUGCGAUGGCCAGCUGGCUGGCAUUAUCUCCUGGGGCGUGGGCUGUGCGGAUCCCGGCUUCCCCGGAGUCUAUACGAAUGUAUCGUAUUUCGUGGAUUGGAUCCGAUCGAUGAACGCCACGCUCGACUACUCAAAAUACUUGGUGAUGGAUUCCGCCGAUGGCCGCCGGCUGGCCACUAGUCCCCAACGGACCUGGUGGCUGGCCUUGGCAUUUCUGCUUAUCGCUCUCAGCGGGGGCUGAUGUGGGUGAUGGCCGAAAUAUGGGGAUGUUGGACACCAAUAAUAAAAUCAUCCAGCUUGUCUA